AUCGCUACAAUACUCUUUUCUUAUGUUUCGUAUAGUUUUGAAAAAGAAUAACAUUAGAGCCGAUGACAGAAGGUUUUUUUUCCAGCGUUGCGUUUCAGACUGAAUAUUUUUCUAUUGAGUUGGUUUCCUAAAAAAAAUAGCUAAAAUCUGUUAUGUUAAGUAAUUGCUGAACUAGGUUGAAGUUUUCGAUUUUCAUUGUUUAAAACUCGUGGAGGAAUAAGACAAUAAAAACAAUUUAAAAUUCACAAAUCUACAUGUUUUCUCUGAGACGUCAAAGUCAAUAUGUCACGCAACGUCCAAAUGCCAUUGGCUUAUACUCUCUUAACCCGUCGUUAACGAACAAAAUUGUUAAGGGAUCGAUUCGUUUGUGAAUGCACUUUGCAUUAUUUGACAUUCACCUGUGUAAACAAAUCUAAUAGCCGAACGCAUUGAAUUAUAAAAAUUACGCUGUAAAUACAGAAAAUUUAAGUGUGUUUUCAAGAGAAAUCUCUUUGAGUUUAAAAUGGAUCCAAUAGAUCCGGAAGAUCCCUUUUCAAUUACACACAUGGUCGGAGAUUCCACCGAGGUGACUAUAGAAGACAUUAAUCGCUUGGAGGAAGAAGAUUCACUGGAUGAAAUUGACGGGCCUGAAGAUGACUUGACCAUAUUAGAAAUUGCAAUGGUAAAAGCCAUUGAAAAUGUAAACCCCGCUUUUUUUAUGCAUCUUUUGUGUCCCCGUUGCGGUGAAACGUUUCAAUCAGCGCCACUGUGGCAGCAGCACUUGCAUAAUGUACACUUUUUUAAUAAUUUGAAAAUGUUACCCGGAAGAGUGGAUGAAGAAACGAAAACUUAUCACUGCAAAAAGUGUCCUACUUCAUAUAAUUAUCUUGAAUAUCGUAAAAUUUUUAAUCACUGCCUAUCGCAUAUGGCUUUUAAUGCCUACUAUAAAUGCAGUUUGUGCGAUCAUUUGGAAUGUACAACAGCGGAUAUGUCGCGCCAUAUCAAAAGGCACAUGGAAGUGCAUAUGCUUAAAGCGAAAAUAAACGGUAAAAUGAUACGUCCCAAACGCUUUUCUCUAAGUGAGGGGAUUGAUUAUGAAAAGUUCCUACUUUAUAAUUGUCCGGAGUGCCACACUACAUUUAGAAAGCACGACAUUUGGUUGGAGCAUGUUAUUGACAGGCAUGCGCUAUUCGCUGCUGAUAAACUAAAAUUCAAAACACCAGACUUUGAGGAAUUCAUUGUCGACAAAACACAUCUAAUUACAACAUGUGAAAUUUGUAACGCCACAUUGGCUGGCGACGACUUGCAACAGUGUCAACGUAAGCAUUAUCUAACUCAUUUGAGGAAUAGAGCUUUCCGCUGUGCGGUUUGUAAUUUACACUUUAACUACGCCAAAGAAAUCAAAAUGCAUAUGUUAUUAUUGCACUGUCAGAAUUUAUCGACCUACGAGGAAGCGAUUUUGCCGGGUAAUUUACGACCGAAAAAUGCGAAAUUCGACAUGAGUUUUAAGUUAAAUCCCGACAAAGUUGCUAAAUGUUUGCCAUAUAUAGAAAUUUAUUGUCCCAUUUGUGGUGUACAGUUGGAAAAUACUGAUGAUUGGUAUGCACACAUAAAUGAAAAUCAUGAUUUCUUCAAGGCGCCAUUCAUGGCAUUGAUUAUAACCAAUUUUGGUGCGCCCACCGAUACAAAUAGAGCCUGCAAGAAACGACGGUUACGGCCGUACUGUGUAGUUUGUGAUCGAGUGCUCGACGAUUGCUCAAACUUUACACGUUUAUGGGCAGAACAAUUACGCCAUGCACCCUUCAGGCCAUACACAUGCACCAUUUGCCACGAGCAAUAUCAUUCCAUGCAGACAGUGAUGAAACACUUUGCAACAUUACACACAAAUGCAGAUGGUACUGUUAACACAUUGCCAAAACAGCGGAAGAAUGGCAUACAAUAACUUACAUAUAUACUCACAAUUUUAAUUAGCAAAUAAGUAAAACGCAAUGUUUUUUUUUUUUAUUAAUAAAAAAAUCUAUUAUUUAGUUGAAAUAGGGAUAUUAAAAUAUCUAUAUGUGAAUAACCUCAACGGAAAUGUGGAUAGAAAUGCGGAAAUUAGUCAUUCCCAAUAGAUACUUACAUUAGAAAUAGAAUUAUAAUCCUGCAGAUUUAAUUUUUAGCAA